AUGUCCGCAAAGUCUACGCGUGGUCGUAAGGAUAGCGAUGAAAAUAUUGACAGGGAUAAGAUGGACGUGGAGGAUGCUUUAGCGUUGGAUUUGGCAGAAUUGGAGGCAAUGCUGGCGAUUGACAGCGAGCAAGUACGAUAUGAUGAGCAAGUCAAGAAAAGAGAUUUUCAAAGCGGAGAAUGUUCUACAGCUUCUUCCUCUAUUGGUGCGUGCGAUAGUCAGUUAAAGUCAAAUUCAGGAAAGAGAAAGCGAUCGACUUCACAAAAUGAAAUGAAAAAACGACGAAAACGAGGAAAUGCUAAAAGUCGAAUUUUGAAGAAGAUAGAAUCACCGCUGCUAUUUUUAUCAGAUGAUGAUAAGCUGGAAAAUGCUGAUUCAAUUAUUAGUGAUAAUACAGCUUCUGCAUCAGUGGAUAAAUCUGAUAAUACGUCGUUGCAGGAUUCCAUGGACUUGAGGCUCUCGUUGACUUUGAUUACUCCUUCACAAAAAGUUGAUAACACCUCCAGUACUUUCGCUAAACCUACACCACCAGAUGAUGUGAAGCAUAAAAAUCCUCGUGUUUAUUCCUACAGUCCAAUUUCACGAACUCGUUUGACUGUUCCUAAACGUCAAUUUUCCCCAGAACCUGUUCGAAAAACCACAAAAAGAAAAGCUUUAAUGAUAUCCUUAUAUUUAGUAAUGAUUGGUCCGAGAAGGAUAACCGAAACAAUUCACUUAUCGGAUUUAACGAAAAUUUUGCGCAAGCUGAAGGCUGGAGAAUUUUCACUACCAUGUGGCUUUACCUUGAAAUACAGAAAACGCUUUGCGGAUGAGUCAAAGUCAGAGACACUCUCGAUAAGUUUACAAGACGGCAGAGAUUUGGACGAUGUAAAUUCAUUACAGUUGUCUUCCGAAAACGAUACUGAAAAUGAGUCAAAAAAAACAAGCUCAGCGAUACAUGGCACUGCAAUGAAUAUCGAACACAUUACCACUUCUGAGCAGAAAGAAGAUAAGAUAGAAACCUCUAAAUCAUCUGAUGAGUGGAAGUGUCGUCGAGGGCGAAAGCGGUUGAAUGCAAAUUCUACUAGAAGAAAAUUUUCUGCUGACUCAAUUGUUGAAACACCAGCACGGCAUGCUGAGAAAGAAGAAUCGCCAACUCCAUUAAAUAUAUCAAUUUCGAAAACUACAAAAGGGAAGCCACGGAAAAAAGCAGCGCUGAUCAAAUUGAAGCGAGGCAAACCUCGUAAAAACCUUUUGUUUCAUCUCGCUGUCGGUGAAAAUACACCAAACUCAGGUUUACCGAACAGUGUUCCCUUGACCUUAUCUUCGUCGGAAACCUCAUUAAAGGAUUCAAAUAGAGAAUCAGCACCAAGUGCAUCACAAUCCAGAGCAUGUGUAACAAGUGUGUCACAAUUACUGUGUCACAGUAGUGAUCGUGGUAAUGGAGCGGAUGAGCAUGAGGAUUCAAAAAUUGAAAUUCUGGAUUCGGGUACAUCAGUGAUAUUCAGUAAUAUGGUAGAUAGAAUCCAAACUGAUGCUGUGAAAGAUGAUGAUUAUGAUGAUGGUGAGCGUUUGCAUAUUGUGGAGACCGGUGACGAUGACGAUUCCUGUGAUAUCGAUAAUCGACUUUUUGAGGCGAAGAAAGAAAAAGAUCCGGAUGAUAUAACAGGUAUUAUCAACAAAAUGAUAGACCAGGUGUGUGAAGCACGUUCACUAAGUGUUAACUUGAUAAUGGAACCUUUACGGCGUCCAAAUGCAGUUGCCGUAGAAGAAUCACGUCGCGUCCCACCACUACGUAUACGUAUACCGCAAAGACGUGAGCCACGCCGACGUCGCCCUGCUCGAGUACAUGAUUAUUCUCCGCCAUUACCUGUUAGCAGAGCACAUCGUUUUGAUGAAACAUUGAAAAAGCGAGCAGUUGUAACAUCAGUGGAAUCUCCUAAUGAUAUUGCUGCAGAAGCACGGCAGAAAAGAUCGAUGGGGAAUAAAGAAAGUCAGAGGAAGUGCUCACUCAGUAAUAAAGAAGCUGAUAUUAAUCUGCGAUUUCCACAAAAUUCAAAUCUGAAAUCAUCAAUCCUCUCCGGUCCGAGUUGCAUUUCAUCUCCGUCAGCAGUAUUGGUAGGGAGUAGCAAUGAGGAACAUAUGAUAGCAACUCCUUCAGCUAUUUACGAGGAGCUUAAUGAUGUUGAAAGUGAAAAAAGCAAAGUCGUAUUGAAUUCAUCAUCACUGUCGCCUUCAGGACUUUCUCAGCCGGGAUGCGAAUCAACUGGUCGAUUCACACGCAAAAGACCGAUUUCCUAUGAACAGCUCUACCCUUCUUUGUUUAGUCGACGACGUAAAUCGAAUGCUGUCAAAAUACCUGCAACAUCACAAUCAAAUCUCCUUGACUCUGUUGAAUCCGAUGGUAUUGUUAAACCCAAAAGUGGCGCAGAAGAUAAUAGUGCUGUCUUGUCAGGGUGCUUGCCAUCGAAGCAGAAGCGAAAACGUGGACAAAAUCCUGUUACCAUCAGCAAGCAUGUAGAUGAUAGAAUUCAUUGUAGCGAAAAACUGGGACUCGACACAAGCAUUUAUGAUUCCGAAGAAGGAAAAGAUCAGAUCAAUUCUUGCCCUAUAAGCAGUAGUUUGACAAAUUAUGAUGGUGAAUCAUAUGAUGGAGCAGGAAAGAAGCCUUUGACUGAUGUGAUUAAAGCAGAGAACACUGGAAGUGCUGUAGAAGAACAUCGUUCAGGCGAAAAAACAAGACGGCUUUCAAAUAGUUCAGUGAAAGAUGGAAGCGCCCCGUCAAUAUCGGAGGGAACAGAACAAGAUAUGACAAUUGGUUCUGCAAGUGUGCGUCGCCGCAGAGUCCGUUUAGAUUCAGAAGGAAAUAACGAGUUGUCUUCGAACUUGUCGCAAUCGAUAUCGAAAGGUCAGCGACGGAAAAGUAGUGUAUCAAUUGAUGUUGAUACUACAAAAUCUGAGGGAAAUGAUAUCCAUGCUUCCAGUCGAUUGAAAAACAAGCGAGCAGAUUCAAAGUUAACUUCUGAUAGAAUAAAACAAAAGACUUCAAGUCAAAACAUGCCGUAUUUCAAACGUAUUGCUCAGCGUCGAAAACUUAAUCCACUUGCCAUUGGUUUGAAAAGUCGUUCAGGCGACGAUAACCCAUCAUUUUUCUAUCGAGAAAUCCUAUUGCGAGGUGAUGAUCUAAAAAAAGACGAUGGUGGAGAUGUAGUUGUGGAUGUGGAUUCAGGAUUAGCCGUUGAAGGUGAUGAUGAAGCUGUGGACAGUUGUUUAGCAAUCAGUGUAGCACUUGAAAUCAACAAGAUCGUACCGAGACCAGAAACGGAUAACGAAGAUGAAUUGGGAACUGAAAAUGUUAACCAUGGAUAUCUGCUGACAUUGGACAACGUUAGAACAAUAUUUGCAAGCGAAUUGCUGGACCGAAAGCGUUUACUGAAUGAUAUGUUGACAGUCAUCUCGGCCCAGUAUUGCUCGGAGGUUUCAUCCCAAAAUGUGUUUGGUGGUGCUUCAAUACGCUACAGUACAAUGGUGAAGAAUUCCCAUCGACUGCGAGAUAAAGUUUUACUAUUCACUAAGGAACAGCGGGAAAAUGCAAAAUGGGCACACCAAAUAUUUCUUAAACACUUGGCUGUGCCUAUGUUGGCUACAUACAUCGAUUUGUUAAGAUUUUGCAAAAUAACGGGACGCUAUCUGAUAGAUCUUCUUUUGGAGCAAAGCAUUACUGACAAAGUUCUCAACAAAAUGAACAGUUAUAUUCACGAUUUUAUUUCUGAAAAGAUGCUCGAUCCACAAACUAUUGCUAUUUCUAAAACGCUUACGAAAAGACAUGCAAAAAAUAUCUGUUUGCUGACCGUUUCACCAACUUUCACACAUACUGAAUAUCGUUCAAGAUCGAGAUCACACGAAUACAUGUUUCGAGUUUUACUUCCGAAUGUAGCAGAUAGGGUGGAACCUGUACGAUUGAAUUUACCAACCACGCAAGAUAUGUCUGUAUGUGAAGCUGUUGACCACUGCAUUCGGUUGGUAUCACGUAAGGUAGUGGAAACGCAUCGAAAAUAUCCCGAUCUUAAAAUUGUUUUGGUCGGCUGGGGAACAUCUUGUGUUAUAAAUCAUCAGGUUGUUCAAUGUAUGCCAAAUGUGUCCGCUAUCAUCAAUUUUGCUUUUCCGAUGAAGACAGCCGAUGGACCACGGGGUGAUGUUGACGAUGAUAUAUUGCUUACAUAUUGUCCAACAUUAUUUGUUAUUGGCGAUCAGGCUACUGACUGUGAUGUUCGUGAACUACAGGUUAUGGCAACGAGAAUGAUUGCUCCCACAGGAGUAAUUGUUAUUGGUUCAUCAAAUAGUGAUUUGCAUCCUUCAGCAUUGCGGCUAGCUAUCGAACGAUUUACUCAUCGAACCGUACAGAGAGCCUUACUGGAUGAUGUAGUUGAUUUUCUGCAGCUAUACUGCUCCUCGUCCACCGCUCACUCUUUUCGCUUGCAUCCGCUGAAACUGGUUGAGGUAAAUGAUGUGGAUUUGUCAAUCCUGCGUACAUCCAAUCUUUUCUCCGGUGGCCAGACCAAAUUGACUAAAAUCGGUUCUAAAAAGAAAUUGUCAGAGGAGAGCGUGCAUCAGACAAGUAUGUGUUUAAACUAA